AUGGGCAGACGCCUUAGCGGUUUCCCCCGUAGUAAAUUCUCCCUCUGCGAGGUUCAAGAGCUGGCUUCCCGGGUCACCGCUGUGCGCGACGCCGAGGCCAAGUCCUCCGCGCAGACAAGGCUUUCCCGGAUACCUCGCAACCACAACUGCAUCGAGGGUGCGGACAAGUCCCACCGCACCAGCCACUACGACAAAGCGCACCCCCUCUCCAUCCGAGCAUCCCUAGACCCCUGCCAAACGCGAGUCCGCCCAAUCGCCGGAUGCCACACUCUGCGCAAGCGCUCCCACGGCGUGCGCCUGGUGGGCGUGGGCCCUGAGGCCCUGGGCCUGCAGGAGUUCCAGGACGGCGGCUACUUCUCUGGAGAGCUCUACCUGGAUGAAAGCAAGCAGCUCUACAAGGAGCUGGGCUUCAAGCGAUACAACAGCUUGAGCAUCCUGCCGGCUGCCCUGGGGAAGCCUGUGCGAGACGUGGCCGCCAAGGCCAAGGCCACUGGCAUCCAGGGGAACCUGUCUGGGGACUUGCUGCAGAGUGGAGGGCUGCUGGUGGUCAGCAAAGCUCCUCCUCUUGGUCUGGCCUGGCCUUGGGUGUUGGCUUGGCAGGGUGGUAGAACCAGAGUACCUGCUGCAGGUUGCUUUGACCACCUGCCUGCUGACAUAGGUGGUGAUAAAGUGCUACUGCACUUCACCCAGAAGUCCCCAGGUGACUAUGUGUCCCGGAAGAGCAUCCUGCAGGCCCUGGGCAUCUCUGCAGAUAUUGGCACCAGCGAGCCGCCCCAGUAUGACGAGGAGGUGUGUGGAAGGUGACAGCCCCUGCCUUGUGGACCUGAAAGUCAUCUGCUUCUGGGAGUAUGGUGGGUGCUCAACUGGAACAACUGUGCAGUUAGUUGCUGGGCCGCAACUCUGGACCUUGCCUGAUUCUUGGGCAGCACUGAGCCAUUAAAACUGCAGUUCCUGGGCACCACUUUUCUUCAUUGGCCACACACUGUGUAUCUCUGCAGCUCCCAUCUCACCCACUGUUGGUCUCUAGGGGCGCCCUGGGUGUGGGUGAGGUCAUUGUCCCAUCAUGAAGGUCAUUGUCCUUGCUGGGAAUGUGCCCUGCAAUGUCUUUGUGGACUCAGGCUUCUGGUGCACAGGAUGCUGGGGCAGCCCUCACUGCUGUGCCCUUUGUUUCAAAGUGACCUUGCAGCCUGGGUCACCUUUGGGGACCAGCAGAGAGGAGGUUUUGGGUGGGUGCUGAGGACUCCCAUGAGCUCAGGGCUUGUACUGCAGGAUCUGGAGGCUGGGUGGGUUUUCAGGGAGGAGGUGGUUUUGACUCCACUAGAUGCAUUCUGGGACAGCUUCACGCUGAAGGCCCUCUGUGACGGCAGAGUCAUCACAUGAACCCUACUGCAGCAGCUGCAGGCCUUGGCCUGGCUGUCUCAGCUAGCACAGCAUAUGCAGUUCCCAGCCACUGUCCCACCCGGUCCUGACAGAUCCAGAGCAGGAGUCUGUACCCCACCCCCAUGGGAGGCCUCCCCUCUUGAGGGCUCUUUGAUCUUAGUGGGUUCUUGGAACCCCAACACCUGCGUUUCCCAGGUCCAAGCCUGGUUGACCGUAAUGUCCUGGUCCCUCCACCACAGCCACUUACAAACAGAGCAGGCAAUGUCCCCUUUCCUGCUCUGGCUUCCAAUGACACAAAACCAAAUUUGUAGUCCCACCUGCACUGGGUACCUCCAUGCCUCUGCCUGCCUUGAGUCAGGCUCCCUCCCAUCUGAAAGUGGAUGUUUGGGGAUAGCCUGCUUAUCCCCAGAAGGGGAGGCUGAGAGCUUAUCAGGAGUCCCUCUUUCCUCACUCCCCCCCUUCUUAACUCCCCCACCUGGCACGGUUUGCCAAGCUGGCUGGCACACAGCUCCUUCUCAAAGAUGAGGUUGUCACCUUUGAAGCGUUUAUUUGGCCCCAGUCUGAAACUUGUGGACACUGAGGACAAGCACGAGGGAGCAGAAGACAGCUGACCGUGUCGGGCUGUGAUGGGCCCUGGCCCUUGUGGGUGGUGUGGAGGGCUGCAGCCUGGGCACAGCUUUCCCUGGGUGCUCGCCGAGUGCACAGUGGCUGCAGGGCACAGAUGCGGGUCCCUGCCAGCUCCUGCCAGCCCCCACUGGCUGCACCUUAGCCGAGCACCUCCCCUCCCAGCCGUGUGGCAUGGGCCAUGGAGUGCAGCUCGGCCUUGGCUACCAGAUGCGGCAUCGCUUCUUGGGGUGCAUGGGCGUGCCCUGGGGGCAGUGGAAUGCAUCGGCGAAGGCAGGCAGGUUCUGUAGGGAGCCUAGCACCCUGUGAAGGAACAGGCUGAAGUGGGGCCAUGGCAGGUGAGGUGUGGGGCAGGGUCCCUGGGUGUGCAGUGCACUUGCCUGUACUUCAGGGGGCUGUGGACAUCAGUCUUGAUGGACUGGAUGGCGAACUCGGGCCGGUAGGACCCACACCACACCUACAGGUGCACAAGGGAUGUAGCCAAGAGUCGGGGCUGGGAGGGGCUGGUGUUGCCCCUUGGUUUGGGGGGAGACCCCCAGCAUUUCUGCCCCUUGGGGAUGGGAAGCCUGCAGUUUCGUGUCCUUCCUGCACAUGGGCAUCGAUGCCCCAGUGGCCCAGCCUUUCCUCCAGGAAGCCUGCUGGGCCUGCAGGCUCUGUUUCUGGGAGCUGGCAGCCCCCUGAGCCCUCCAAAGACAGAUGGGUGUGGGUGAGCCCUGGGGCUGGGUCUUGUGCGCUACCUGAGCGUAGUUGACAAAGAAAAGCUGUUUGUAGGUGAGCUUCAGCCCAGGCAGCAGCUGGUCCUUGCCACCUUCUGCCAUCCACUUUAGGUAGGCCUGUGGGCACCAAACAACACAAGGUGGCAGACACCUGGCACUCCUGCCAGGCCUCUAGAGUCCUCAGAUCUCCAUGCAGAUUGGAGGUCUGGCUCCAGGACUCACCAAGGGGAGGGGGAGCUGUGUGUGCAGUUUGGGCCAUUGUGGUGAUACCAGCAGGGCACCUGGCCAGGCAGCCAGCAGCUGCACUCUCAGAACAGGCUCCUGAGGCUGCAGGGGCUGGGCUGUUGAGGCUGUCCAGCAUGUGGUCUGUAGCAGACAACUCUGCCCACUGCUAGCAAGCUAUAGCGGCAUGAGCUUCUUGCCCCCGCUAUAAUUUAGCUGUGUAUAUUUCAGGAGUCUGACCAAAGCUUACAGGACUUGGACGGGCACAUCAAAUAGCACAGUUGGGCCAGUACUGCUCCUCUGCUAACGGCUGCUACUGAGAAUUAAGUCCUAGUCCGUGAAGUAGCAGGGCUGGGCUGAGUUCACUUCCAAUCAAGUUUAACUGGCUCCAACUAAAUUCUACUCUUGUACAGCGUUUGUUCUCUUCAGCAAAGACAUGCUUGUGCCCACACUCUGCAGUCCUGCCUGCUUGGUCCUUGUUUUCAGCAGGUGUCCCAAGGCCAAGCUCCCUCCUUCCCAUGCUUGUAACAAAUAAAACACUGGGUGUCCUUGGGAAUGUCUUUGUCUUUGCUGCCUGAAGCAGUUUAGAUCAGCCCAAGACUCAGUUUCUUUCAAGUCUCUGUGUUUUAACUCCCACUUUCCUAUCUCACAAACAUCAUACUGGCUGACAAAAGGCCAAAAGGAUUGUAGGGAUCUCUGAUGGCAUCCCAUUACCCUUUCCCUAUAGUGGUCCCUGCCUAGCAUCUCAAAGAGUCCUCCAUACCAGCUCAGAGGGCUGUGAUGCCCACUACCUGAGUCCCUCAGGUGCUCUGGGGGCCCUGCUAUCUGCCCAGCUGGGAGAAGAGGUGCCAGGCACAGCCCCCUGCCCCGAGGCCCUGCCCCCCCAC